AUGGAUUUCGACGAGUUCCACCUCGUGCCCGUCGAGCACGUCAGCCAAGCCCAGCGAUGGCUGGUAGUCGCGUCGUGCAAUGUCGUCACCUCCUCGCUCGUCUUCUUCCUCAUUCGCCACCUGCCCAAGGGCUUCCCUCGCCUCCUCGCCCUCUCCCCCAUAAUUCUCCUCAACAUCGCCGUCCCUUGCGUUUUUUCCGCCGCGAAACGCGGCGAGUGCAUCGAAAAGGGCCUCGUGUUCUGGACGGUCUCGUGGCUUGGCAACUUCCGCCUGCUCGCUCUCGCGUGGAACCGCGGCUCGCUGACGGACCCGGGUUACUCCUCCAGCUUUCUUCAAUUCCUCGUCGCACUGUACAUGCCCAUGCGAAAUCGCGUUCGCGAAACGGCGAAAACCGCCGCCUUUUCGCCUGAAACCCCCAACACAAAGCAACCCCGCCGCCACAAGCAGCCUGCAUCCGAAUCCUCGCCGCAGCUGCUUCUUCGGGGCGCAUUUAAAGCCUUCCUCCUAUCCCUCACCAUCCGCGCGUACGCUCUCAACCUCCCCGCGCCGGCCGUGACGUUGCUACACAGCGCGAACCUCUUCCUCUUCGUCACGCUCCUCUGCGAACUCGUCGCAGGGGUCGUCGCCGCCGUCGCCCCGCGCUUCGCCGUGGAGCCUCACUUCCGUCGCCCGUACCUGGCGACGUCGCUGGGGUCGUUCUGGGCGCGACGGUGGAACCUCGUUGUGAGCGUCAGCCUGCGAGAGACCGUCUACGAACCCCUCCUGGACUGGCUUGAAGGGCCGUGCUCAACAGAAGGAGGGAGGGCAACUGAGAAGAGUGCACGAGAUCCGGAGUGUAAUUCGACGUUUGGAGCUGGGAAAUCAGCAGUGAAUGGGGAGCAUGAUGCCAUGAAUGGUCGCGGCUGCAGGGCUCCUGAUGGGUUUGAAGCGGUUGAGAAGAUGAAUGGGUGCAGUGAGAAGGUGAAUGGUAACUGUGAGAAGAUGAACGGCUGCAGUGAGAAAGUGAAUGGUAACUGUGAGAGGAUGAACGGCUGUAGGAAGAACGUGAAUGGUUCCAAUAAGCAUAUCAACGGCUGCUAUCAGAGGAGCAGCCGGAGAGAGGAAACGGCAUGUGUGAAUGGGACUGGAGAGUCACCAAAUGGGCUUACUGACAACUGUGAUGACUAUCAAGGAGCAAACAAGGCGGCGAAGCAAAACGGAUGUUCUUCACCUGCUGCCGCAGCUGACACCUCUCCGAACAGCCGCCAUGUGAGCUUUGCCCGAGCAGCAGCGACAAUAGCCUCAUUUGCUGUAUCCGGAAUCAUGCACGAGCUGGUAAUUCUGUACCUUGGAGGAGCCAUGACAGGCGAGCAGAUGGUGUUUUUCACCCUACAUGGAGUGCUGACCGUGGCAGAGGCAUGGGUGAGGAAGGAGUGGGGGAAGAGACAGCUGGUGCCGAUACCCAAGGUGGUGGCAGGAGUGCUGGCUCUUGGGUUGUUGCUGUCCACAGGGCAUGUGCUCUUCUUUGAGCCGUACCAGAGAUUAGGCGUCAUAGGGUGUGUUGUGGAAGGGCUUCAUGCCCACUUCUCGCAACUCAGAAAGCUGUUUUCAUUUGAAGACUGCAAAGCAUAA